AUGAUCGCCCUCCGAAAUCUCCACCACAUUGAGCUUGUACGUUUUCCCUUGGACGGCGAUGCGUUCUUCACGUUAUAUACGGAAGAACAGCUUUUGUAUGUGAGCGAAGUUGCUUCCGGCCUGUUUCUGUUUGGCGUGGUUUCCCUCUCUGUUUCCUCUGUUGAGCCGCUCACCUUCAAUCUCUGGGUGCGAGACGGCAAAAACUCGCCUUGGCGACUUUGGUACAGAUUGCGUUUGAACGUGGCCAGUCUUGUGCCUGUGUCCCAGCGGGCGCUUUCGGGCGACCACAAGCAGUUCUUUGCCGAAAACACUGUGCUUUGGUGCUUUGGCAAUGACCAUUAUUGUGUCCGGGAACAGCUCAGCGAGAGGGCCCGCAAGAAGUCUCAUGCCGACAAGCCAUCUGUUACAAAAGCUUCGAUGACUUUGGACGACAUCCGCCUCAUCACCCGUCUUGAUGUUGGCGUGAGCGAGUUGCAACAGGCCAAAGAAAAGCUUGCGACGCAGAUUGACCAAGUGGUGGCACAAUCCAAGAGCCAGGCGCCCAUAUCUGAACAGCUUCGGGCUCUAAAGUUCAAGCUUCAUACGCUCCAUAAGUACAUUGCUCGCCAACGAACGCUUAACGAUACACUUCAGUCCGAAAUCUACGCAAAAAAACUCCGCAUUUCAAAGGGCCAUCUGCUUAUAGAGGAGGAAUACCCGCAAUUUCAAGAAAUAUACAUGGACCGGUUGGCAAUUGCAGCGGCGCAGGUGCCGCCUUUGCUUGAUCUGUUGCACAAGUCAGUGUAUCCUAACAUUUUCAGCUCGCUUCGCCAUAUUGGAUCGGUGCUCCAACAGGCUUUUCCCAUCGAACUUGUGCUGGCCACAGGUCGCUUGGCAUUGGCCGGUUUGGAAUUCCCAUCUUCCGUGGCAGAAAUCCUCGACUUGUGCUACUACGGCACAGCUCCUCUUCGCCUUAUUGGAUUUUCACAACAAAAGGACGCAGAUACCCAGCAGCAGCAGACUAAUGAAAUAAUCAACGCCGGCCUUUCCAACAUCGUGCUUCUCCUUGAAAUAUUGGCUUCGCUCAUGAACAUUACACUAAAAUAUCCCAUGAGGUACUUUGGCUCUCGCAGCUGUCUUGUGGAUGUACUUUCUCCCGAGAAGAAAGUUCUUCCAUUGUAUUACAACCCCGAACAAACAGAGAAAUUUGCCUCGUAUGAAAACUCUGCACGGGGAUUUGUGCUCUCGAAUGCGCCGUUCGAACAGGGCUUGACCUUGCUCAGCAAAAACUUAUUGGUACUUAUAACGGGUGUCACAGACCUUUAUUCGCAAUAUUAUCAGGACAAGACCAAUCAUCAGCUUGCAAAUAAUAUUCCAGCAGAUUGUCUAGACAAUUUUCUCUGGAACCUUCAAUAUGUCUUACUUUUCAUGACUGCAAGCGAUCUUCAGCCUCGUGAGUUGGAAGCUGAACAAAUCUAA